UUUGGUGUCUCGUUCUCAGAAGUAGACACCACAAGCUAUUCCAUUCUAAGAAAUUUUUACGAUUUCAUCUCAACACUAUUACAAAGAUAUUUUAGACAUGGUUGGGCCAGGAUUAAUGCCGUUCAUACACUUCUUUGUGUACCUUAAUCUUCCAGAGAGUUGUUGAGGGAGGUUUAUUAGUAAACCACACCUUGCAAGUAGAGCUCUUUUCACAACUUCGCCGGACUAUCCUCCCUUCAUUUCAUCUGUCAUCUAUAUAGGGCGUGUGGUGUGCCUUGUACAUAGCUAUAAGUUGCAGGUUUACAUAAAUAUUCAUGGAAGUCCUCAAUUUGCAGGCUGUUCAACUCCGUUAUCCAUCUGCUCUGAGUAAUAAUUUGAACCAUUGUGGUAUUCGUAAGAUCAAGUACAAUAAUACUAUCAACAGUAAUGUUCGUUAUACAGUAAUUCGUUGUGGAAUUGAUGAACCAUCUGGGAAACCAGCUCCAUUUGGGGAGAAAACGAAAUACAAUGAUGGUAUUUUCGAGAAGAUCUUUAUGGGUUUGUUUGCACGCAAGAUGGAGAAGUUUGCUGCUAAAGGAGGCAGCAGAGGAGAACUAGGCCUGCUGGAUUAUAACUAUGACAGUUUUGUAGAUGUAUCUAAGAGAGUAAUGCAAGGUAGAUCUCGCUUACAACAACAAGAAGUCGUUAGAGAGGUCCUCAUUUCUAUGCUCCCUCCCGGUGCUCCAGAACAGUUCCGAAAAUUGUUUCCACCAACGAAGUGGGCGGCAGAGUUCAAUGCAGCACUUACUGUCCCCUUCUUCCACUGGUUAGUUGGGCCAUCCGAGGUUAUAGAGGUGGAGAUAAAUGGGGAGAAACAGAGAAGUGGAGUCCUUAUAAAGAAGUGCAGGUACCUAGAGAACAGCGGGUGCGUAGGACAGUGCGUUAAUAUGUGCAAAAUUCCCACACAAGAUUUCUUUACAAAUGAAUUUGGGCUUCCACUAACGAUGAUCCCAAAUUUUGAGGAUAUGAGUUGUGAGAUGGUGUAUGGCCAAGUUCCACCUCCAUUUGAAGAGGAUCCUGUCUCCAAACAGCCUUGUUAUGCAAACAUCUGUCCUAUAGCAAAUCCAAAUUCUAGUAUGUGCCCAAAACUGCAGUCGUGAGAAGAAGGGAUAAGAGAGCGAAAGGGGCGAUUUUGCUGAACACACUCAAUUGUAAGCAAAGAGGCUGAGGGUUAACGAUCAACAAACAAUUGAGUGAAAUUCUUCUUCUUUUUUUUGGCACGAAGGCGAGCAUUAUGUGAAGAGGAAAUUGGAGUGUGUACUUGUAACUGUAACCUGAAAUGAAAGAAAGGUACAAAACUGCACAACUUUAAGAAAAAUACACAAAAACUCCUAUAGAUUCUUCGAUC